UCAUGCCUCUGAUCUUGUAAGCUUCAAUCAUAGUGACUCUGAGGACUGUCAACUUCUCCUAGGGCAGAUUACCCCCCAGUGCGCCAAACGCCAUAGCUCACUCGUUUAGCUACGGAAUCGAGUGAUUCAACUUUCAGUGGAAAGCUGACACUGCCAGCUACAACAUAUCCGAUUUUCAGAUCGUUUCACCGAUUGGAGUUUUUGAUAUAGCUAUUCGAAGGUCGCGAGUUUUCUGGGCGUCAUAACGAAGUGCUGCAGAAAUUUCCAAGGAGCCAUUGAAUCAUCUGCUUAUAGCCUUCUCUAACCAACAAGUGGUAUCAGAGCCUAUUAUCACGCAUUUGGGACCUAAAAUACGAUGGGAGAUAAAGAGGACUCUGGUGGAGGUGAUACUUCAGUCCAAGGAGGCAGCUCAACCCAAGAUUCUGGCAUUGCAGCGCAAAGGGGAGCGCGUACAAGCCAGGGGUCACUGCUUAAGGAGGUGCUGAAGAACUUCACCAUUGAGAAGUUCUCUGGAGAUGGCUAUGAUGAUUGGGCAUGGAAGAUGCAGCUCUACUUUCGACAAAUUGGCCUCUUGAAGCUCAUGAUUGGAACGGAGCCAAGGCCAAAGGAAAUGGCAGAGCAAGCGGACUGGGAUGAACGUUCAUCUGCUGGGUACUAUCUACUGUCACAAAGCUUGGAGCUGAACCAGAGGCAUCACAUCAUGCAUCUGCUACCGGAAAUUGAUUGUGGGCCCAAGGCAUGGGCAGUGCUCAAGGACCUGCACGCUCCGACAUCGGUUGCCGCUUCUCUCAUGCUGGAUCGGGAGCUGUCCAUGCUGCGGUUGAGCGAGAAUGAAGCUGUGCAGCCCGUACUGGACAAGAUGAGGGAACUCUACGCGAAAUUGGCGAUUGCAGGCAUCACGUACCCAGAGCAGACAAAGUGUCUCAAGAUGCUCAGCCUGCUGCCGGAGUCUUGGCUGCAAUUUAUAAGCGGACUCAGCUUGCCACAAAACCAAAGUCAAUGGACAUUGGAGUGGAUUCGCACCAAGAUUCUGGAAGAAGAUUUUCGUCGCUAUACACUGCGCGGAGGUGAUGACAGCACCAGCGGCUAUGCCAUGCAAGGGACAUGGAGGGAUCGAGGGCGUGGCAAUCGCGGUCGCUCUUACCACAGCCAAGGUGGUCGCGGGACUUGGAACCAGCGGGGGCGUGGUGGCGCUGGUGCAAGAGGAAGAGGUGGUCACUCCAACAAUGACAACAGUGAACCACGCUUGAGGGGAGAGUGCUGGUAUUGCAAGGAAGAAGGGCAUCCAUGGUUUCGCUGCCCUACCAAGCCCGACUGGUGGACCCCUUGGAACCAAUCGGAGAAGGGGAAUGGAGGAAAACAACCACAUGGAGGUGCCAACAUGGUAGCUGAUCCUGCUGAAGAAACCUCCAAGGAUGACAGAGGAAUGCGAAAUGAGGAGAGGAAUGCUGGACAGUUCUACCAUGUGUGUGACAAAGAUGACAGUGGCACAGCUGUUGCAAGGGCUGGAGAGGAAUUGCACCCGCUUGACAUGUGGGUCAUGGACUCUGGUGCUGCAUGGACAAUGACACCACGCAAGGACUUGCUGGAUGCUGUGCGAGCGCCUCCAAUCUCUGAAGUGCGCUCAGCAUCCGGACAUGCAGUGAAGGUCGCUGGAGUUGGUCGAGCUGCAUUCAGAGCACCUGAUGGUGGACUGGUUGUGCUGAAGGAUGUGUUACUCGUACCGGGGCUGAAGGCCAACCUGAUAUCGCUGCGCAAGCUAGGCCAGGCCGGAGUCAGCACCACCACCAAUGGAUCCAAAACAUUCAAGGGGCUGCGAGGAGAUCGUGUGUUAUGGGAUUUACACGAAAGCAGAGAUGUCUUCAGAUCCAUGUGGCAGAUCCCUGCACUGAUAUGGGAAUCAACAAAGAAGGAGUUGGGAGAAGUAAAGGCGGGUUCUGGAGUCCAGGGGGAGUGUAAUGCAGUUAGUGCUGCAGGAGUGACGGUUUCUGCAAGGUCGGGGGAGACUGAUUGGGAAACCGCACACAGGCGUCUAGGGCAUGUGGCUAUGCCAUUGCUGCAGCAACUGCAUAAGGAAGAAGCAGUAAAGGGGCUCAAGCUUUCUGGGCAACCAAAUGCUACCAAGUGCGAGACGUGUCUGCUGAGCAAGUUCACACGGUUCCCCUUUCACGGCGUAGCUGGGAAAAGCAAGGCAGCACUGGAACUGGUGCACAUGGACCUCGUAGGACCUUUUCCAGUCCGAGGAAGUAAGGGGGAAAGGUACUUCCUGACAAUAGUUGAUGACUGGAGUCGGCUGAUGUGGGCAUACCCGUUGAAGCAGAAGGAUCAUGCUGCCUCAACAAUACGAGAUGAUUGGCUGCCGUUCGUCGAGCGACAAUCUGGGCACCCAUGCAAGAGCAUCAGAACCGACCGAGGUGGAGAGUUUCUAGGAGGAGAUCUGACUGCGUGGCUCAAGAAACAAGGCAUUGAGCAUCAGCUAACGACGUCCUAUACCCCUCAGUCAAAUGGCGUUGCUGAGAGGGCUAAUAGGACCAUCCUGGAAACUGCGCGAGCGCUGCUGAUCGAAUCAGGGCUGGGGAACUCCAUGUGGCCUCAUGCGGUGAGGCAUGCUACAGUGGCAAGGAACCGCGUACUCACAAAGGUGGCUGAUGAUAUGUGGGUGCCGCUGGAGAGGUGGCUUGGAAAGAAGCCUCCAGUGGACAUGCUUCGAGUGUUCGGAUGCAUGGCAGUGGCGCAUGUCCCUAAACCGUACAGGACAAAGCUUGGAGCAUCUGCACUUUGGUGUGUGCACCUUGGGCUUGCGGCAGAGAGCAAGGGGUGGCUACUCUGGGAGCCCUCAAAGAAUGUGCUGUUUGAUAGUCGGGAUGUCAAAUUGGUGGAGAACAUCAUGUAUGGCAAGUGGGAGAAGCAGCCGGAGGCAAGGGUCACCCAGCAGCUGGAAGAGAUCACUAUGCACUUCGAUCUGUCCGAACCUGAGGACAGCGAAGUCACUGCGCCAACGGCAAGCGGUACUGAUGAAGGAAGCAAUGAGGAUAUUGCAGCUGAUGCUGAAGUCAAGGAUCCGGAGCAGCAGCAGCAAGAGGCUUCCAAAACACCAAGUCUGCCAAAGCGAAGGAAACAGAUUGGUGGGGGGACAAAGGAUUGGGUGAAGGUGAAAGAAUGGGUAAAUCCAACCAUCUACCCUGCACGUACCAGAAUGGCAAUGAGAAAGCUGUUGAGCUCCACAAGUGGAGGAGCCACAACUGAGCAGCAGGAACAGGCUCAAGGCGAAGAUGCAGUGCUGUUCUUGGGUGAUGACCAAGAGUCAGAUGACAAGGAGCCUGCAUACUGCUUUUACGCACCAAUACAACCUCCGAGCAUGGAUCAUGCGCUAGCCGGGCCUCAACGGGGGAAGUGGCUCGUUUCAAGAGAUGCAGAGUACAACAGCAAGAUGGAGAAUCACACAUGGGACCUGGUGUAUUUGCCAAAUGGGAAGAAGGCAAUACAGUGCAAGCGGCUAGCUGAAGAGCCACACUGGCGCUGUGCGAGGAUGGCGGGAAUGUCCUUGAACUAGAGACGGCGAAACAAGCCGACAGUCUGAGGGGGAGUGUGUUGGUGCAUAUUCAUUUGCACGUCAUCCUGUCGUCUGUUCGCAUCAUUUCGUUUGCAUGUGUUUUGUGUGCUACGUUGUUUGUAUGGUUUGUUGGGUUUGCAUGUCUUUGCAUGUUCAUCUUGUGCUUGUGCAGAUGUGCUUGGAUUGUGCAUGACAUCGAGCACAUUCCAACGAGCCAAGAAUUGUUGGAAUCGGAGCACAUAUGAAGAAGUUACGAAGAAAUGUUUGAUGGAUUUGUUACAACUCAUUGGAAGUCCUUGUCAGCUGCUACACCAAAGUUGGAGAGCCCUAUAACGAGGAGGGACCAGCAUGUGUGGGACUUUUGUCCCCACCUUGCAGCUGCAGCAUUUGGGGUUUGGAGGCCAACCUGGCACAGUGUGAAAUUUGUCUUGCCAGGCUGGCUGAACCUGAGGAUGGGGAGUCAAAACUUUGACUCUUGUCAUGUUCUUGACCAUGGGCCUCCAGGGUCCUUCCCUUUCAUCCUUCACUUCCUACCCCACCUUCCAACUGUGUUUCAAUGCCUUUUCUAUCAUGCCUCUGAUCUUGUAAGCUUCAAUCAUAGUGACUCUGAGG